AUGCCGACGCCGACGGCAGCUGGCUCUGCGGCGGCGGCGUUCGGAAGUGGCGGUGCGCUGAGUGGGCGGCGGAGCGGAAGCGGAAUGUACGGUGGGGGCGGAUCGAGCUCGGCGCGGGGGAGCGGUGGGUGCCGCGUGUGUCGGACCGGGAUGCCGGCGUAUCGGUGCUCUCUUUGUCGCGGCAUGGUGCUGUGCGAGAUGUGCUUUUCAUCGGGGGCACACCCACCGUCGCACCCUGUUGUGGCGUUUCAGCCCGGCUCGUCCGAGCCAUCGCCGUCGAGCAUGAUGCGCGGCGGGAUGCGGUCGGCCUUUGGUUCGUCGAGCUCGCCGUAUAGCUCCGGGCCCGGCCCGUACUCUGCAUACUUUGGCGGUGGGGGCCCGAGCGGCGGGAAUGGUGGUGGCUACUAUGGCAUGGGUUCAUCGGUCUCUUCUUCUCACGGAAGAGCGGUGAGCUCGAUCCCGCGCUCCGAGCUCGGGUUCUCGGUCGCGCCCGACUCGGAUGCCGCGCUCGCACUCGGGCGAUAUCUUGUGGUCUCUGCGCCGCCGUACGCCUCGCCGUUUGCCGACAUGAUGAGCCGGAAGGAGGCCGAGGUGCUGGCGCAGGCGGCGCCGGGUCUGCUCCCAGAGACUGUACUCGACCAUGCGCUGUUGCUCGAGAUGGGCGGUAGCCUGGCGAGCGCACACCCCAAGCACCCGUUCGCGCGCGUGGGCUCUGCCGACAAUUGGAGCGUGGCGGCACUCGAGGUGCGGGAGCAAAUGCGGGACGUGCUGUGGAGCGCGUUCCGCAUCGGAAGCGGUGCGCCGGGCGCUGCCGAUCCGGUAGCCUGGUCACUGCGCGCCGACGAGGAGCUCGUUGAGCUUGCGUCUGCGCAGGCGCGGCGGUGGGGCGUGCCGACGGCAGCGCUGGACGCGGCGGCUCUCGAGCUGAGCGCCGAAGAGACUGCGCAGCUGCCAGCGCUGAGUGGGAUUUCCAGUGAGGUUCUCCGGGCGCGGUUUGUACUCGUGCGGCUGUUCAACCAAGUUGGGGCGGCAGUCAUCCCGUCGCGGCGCGGUAGUCGCGACGAGCCGGCCGAGUGGAACGUGCUUGCGGCGUGUGUGAGCGAGGUGGAUGCGCCGCAGGUAGUGGACUACCUGCGAGGCGUUAUCUUUGCCGAGAUCAAGCUCGCGCUUCUGGUGCGAACGAUGGGGGCGGCGGCGCCGGCGACGUACUUGCGGGUCAACGUCAAUCGGGCUAAGGCGCGGGUUGUGGCACGCGACGGGCUCAACUCGAUCUUUGGCCAGCUCUUUUCGCAGCUGCGGCACCUCGACUACAGCGCGCUGCGCGGCGGCAAGAAUGACAACAUGUUCCAGAUCGGCUUUCUCGGUGAGGGCUCGAUGGACGGCGGCGGGCCGUACCGCGAGGCGCUGAUGCUCGCGUGCGCGGACCUGAUGUCAGACGUGACACCGCUCUUCGAGCUCUCGCCCAACGGCGUCAACGGUGUCGGCAUCAACCGCGAUAGGUACGUGGUCAACUCGGGAGCGACAAGCGAUCUUCAGCUGGCGAUGUUUGAGUUUGCCGGCGCGCUGCUCGGCAUGGGCCUGCGGACAAAUGUGAACAUGCCUGUGGCACUGGCGCCGACGGUGUGGAAGCGGAUGCUGGGCGCAAGGGUCGACGUGGCCGACCUGGAGGCGCAAGACCGGAUGCUGGUCAACUCGCUGCGGGAGAUGGUGGCGAUGAAGCGCGAUGUGUUUGAAGAAUGGCUCGACGAGCGGUUUGUCGCGGUGCUGGCGAGUGGCGAGGAAGUCGAGCUUGUGCCUGGCGGGCGCGAAGAACAGGUGACGUACGAGCGGCGGGUCGAGUUUGCCCGGCUUCAGGUGGAGGCGCACCUCGCCACCGGCGCGAGUCAGAUCCGGGCACUGCGGCGCGGGCUGGGUGCGGUCGUCCCGCUCUCGUCGCUCUCUCUCUGCACCGGAGCUGACCUCGAGUAUCUUGUCUGCGGCGCACCAGACGUCAAUCUGGAGACGCUCAAGCGGCAUACGGUGUUCAACGGACAGUGUCGCGAGUCGACCACUGUCGAGUACCUGUGGGAGGUGCUGAGCGAGUUUUCGCCGGCGGAGCGCCAGCUCUUCCUCCGCUUUGUUUGGGGUCGGAACCGGCUCCCGCUCCGCGACACCGACUGGAACCAGCAGUUUAUGAUUACUGUCGAGACGAGCAAGGCGCCCGACGGCUUCCCGCGCGCCAACACGUGCAACUUUUCCAUCUACCUCCCGCAGUACAGCUGCAAGGAGGUGCUCGAGCAGCGGCUGCGGUUUGCCAUUGUCAACUGCCAGGCCAUCGACACCGACUACAACACCACCGCGACCCAGGCCUCGCUGUGGGUCGACUACGCCGAUGAUGACAAUCCUGCCGACGACACUGCGACCGCCGCCGCGCUCGCUGCUCCCCCGGCUGUCGCGCACGCGCGUGCGGCCCCAGCCACCUCGGCCCUCUCGUCGCCACAUUCGGCGAUCCGGCUCUCACCGGCGGUCACCAGCGCGCUCUCGGCUUCAUUCUCGUCGACAGCCGGGUCGUCACCGCCGCGUUUUGCGUCAGGCUCACCCGAAGAGGCGACUGCUGAGGCUGCUGCCGCCCUCGCGGCCGCCAACGAGGUCAUGGACCUUGUCGACGAGAGCGACUCACGCGGCAGCAGUGUCAUGGGCCUCUCUGCCUUUUCCGACAUUAGUGACGACGUCGAGUCGCAGUUUGCACUGCCGAGCUCGUCGUCGUCCGACUCGUCGGUCGAGUUUACUGAUCCCGGCGAGCUCGACGCCAGCUCAGUGGCUUCGGGCGUAGCCUCCGGCUCUCACUCGGAUUCGGCCGGCUCGGCUAGCUCGGCCUCCAGCUCGUCAGUGGUGGUCCUCUCGGGCAGCACGACAGACUUUCUUGCAAGCGUCAACGAGACCGAUAGCGUCGAAGAGCAGGUGGCCAAGUUUGCUCAGGCUCUCCUCAAGCGGUCAUCGUCGUAACUGUCAGUGAUAGGGUGUCUGUUCGCCAAUGCAGUGAAGAUCGCCUCGUACCC